AUGGAGAAAUACAACAAGUUGGUCAAUGAAAUUACCAACUUCACUCAACAGCCACGAGAGACUCCGUGUGCAGCUUGGAUCAGAUUCCAAGAACUGAUCAGAAAAUGCCUCCAGUAUGAUUUUCCAAACGGGAAGAAAGUCAGGGUCUUCUACAAUGAGAUGACACUAGAUUCCAGAAUGAUUGUCAAUGGUGCAGUUAGUGGAACCAUAGGGAAGAAGACAACAACUCAAACUUUAGAGCUGAUUGACUAUAUGGCAAAGAACGAGAAUGCAUCUAUGGCAGUUCAACCGGUUCAACCAAGGAAAGGACUUCUGCAAUUGGGAAAUAAUGAUGCGGUGUUAGUUGAACAGAAGAUUAUAUCUCAACAGCUCGCCAGUAUGAAUGCUAAGUUGGACAAGAUGCAAAUUUCUACAACUCAAGUUAAUUCAGUUAACUUUGAGUAUUGCAAAGGAGAGCAUGAGACCAACGAGUGCCCCACACUUGUAGGAUCAGAUGCGUUCCAAGUUAAUGGAGUCUGGUAUGAUCCAAGACCACCGCAGAACUUCCAGAGGAACCAGAACAAUGCUCUAGGGAACAAUUUCCAAAGGAGAGUUCAAAGGGGAGGUUUGGAUUACAAAUUCAACAAUUACUUACAACCUCCUCCUAUUCCACAUAAGGAGUCGUCUGAAUUGGAGAAAGCGAUGUUGCAGCUUUCUAAAACCACCAAUGACUAUAUCCAGACCACUGGCGCUUUCAUGAAUGAGACAAGAGCCUAUCAUAAGAAUCAAGAUGCUUCAAUCCGGAACUUGGAGAAUCAGAUAGGCCAAUUGUCUAGGCAGCUUGCUGAGCGAAUUCAAGGACAAUUUCCAAGUAACACCAUAGUCAAUCCGCGAGAAGACUGCAAGUCGAUUUUUAUAAGAAGCGGAAUUGUGAUUACUCCUUAA